GGGGGACAGAUUUUUACUUGAAUUCUGUAGAAAUAGAUUUUCUAGUAUGUAAUUUUUACUGAGAUGGGUAUUUACGGAAAUCCAUUUGUUUCAGUGCCCCAAUCUCCCCAUGCCUGCAAUUUGGCAGAAAUUCUAGCUAAAAAUCAGGGGCUUGUUUGGGUUUUUUCAUGAGAUGGUUCUUUUAAAGAACCAUUCAAUCCAAGCAUUUUCUACUGCUUUCUGUCUGCAUUCUGGUAGAGAAGUUCCUGUCUAGAGUAGAAAUCAACUUCUUCUCCUUCUUCUUUGACAUUUUUGCCCUUUCUGGUAUGGGUUUUGAGCAGCCUUCAGUCCAUGUCUUCUUCUACUCUUUUUUCUGUAUUUCUGUAUCACAUUAAUUCAAAACCAGUGAUUAAAAUGGGUUUUUUGCGUUUAUGCUGAGAUGGGUUUUUGAGAAUACUUCAAUCCGACCUUUCCUCUGCUCUUAGACUGCAUAAUGAUUGCUCAGUUCUUCAAAACCAGGGCUGAAAAUGGUUUUUGGCUUGUCUUGUGAGGUGGGUUUUUGGUAAUUGGAGCUUUUCAUCAUCAGAGCUUGAAGAAGACUUGUAGGAAUUUUUUUUUUUAAAUUUUAUUUCGGAGUAGAGAAGUUCUCUGAUGAAGAGGGCUAGGAAGAGGCGUAGGAGAAGGAAGGAAGAGGUUGCAGAGGAUUAUUGCUUCACCUGCAAAGAUGGUGGAUUGCUGGUCGUCUGUGAAUACCAGAAUUGUCUUAAAGCUUAUCAUCAUGAAUGUGUGGACAUGGAUCCUAUGAAACCAGAGACAAAUGAUCGAUGGAUUUGUAGUCGGCAUUCAUGCUUCAUCUGCAAUAAAAGCUCAAAUUUCCGAUGCUUUUGCUGUCCGAACUCUGUAUGCAAAGCGUGUAUCAGAUCUGCUGAAUUUGUGCAUUUCAAAGAGGACAAGAGCUUCUGUAGUGAUUGCUUAAAGCUUGUGAUGCUGAUAGAAGAAGACAUCGAUGUCGAUUCUGAUGGGGAAAGAGUAGAUUUCAAAGAUAGAGAAACUUAUGAAUGUUUAUUCAAGGAGUACUGGGAGAUAAUAAAGCAGGGUGAAAAUAUAUCACUGGAAGAUCUUCGUACCGCAGAUGCACUAUUGAAGAAUGGUGAGAACAAUGCAGAUGGAUACAAUUCAGACAAACUAUCCGAAAGGGAAUACAUAUCUGAUGUUGAUGAUAUUGACUACAAAAGCAAUGAUGGGACACCAUUGGUACAUGCAACCAAUGGAAAAGAUGUUUGGAUGGAGUCGGUGAGAAAAUUGUGCAAACCAAGAAAAAGUACAUUUGUUGGUUGGGGAUCCAAAAAACUCAUAGAUUUUCUUACUUCUAUUGGUAAAAAUAUAGAUAAACCCAUCCCCCAAUUCGAAGUGUCUGAAAUAAUAAGGGAUUAUAUCCAAGAGAACAAACUUAUUCAUCCAGAGAGAAAAAAGAAGGUUAUAUGUGAUGCAAGGUUGCACACCCUUUUUGGGAGAAAAUCAGUGAACCGCCUGAAAAUAUCUCAUUUGUUGGAUGCCCACUUUGUUGAAAACCAGGAAUUGGAGGACAAAUAUCGAUACAAGUCAGAAGACGAGAAUGUCUCGGUGGUUUGUAAGAGGCAGCAAAGGUCAAGUGCUAAUACAAAACCUUACAAGGUGGUGCCAAAUGAUUUCAAGGAAAAGGUUCCAAAAGUACCCAUUAUCUGUCACGCUUCUAUUACAACAAAAAAUAUUAAGUUAGUUUACCUUAGGCGGAGUUUGAUUGAGGAAUUCCUGAAGAAUCCGGAGACAUUCGAAAGUAAAGUUAUGGACUCUUUUCUGAGGGUCAAAUGUGACCCCAAAGAUGGCUUCUCGGCGAGAAGUUCUUUCCAGCUUGUGCAAGUUACAGGUGUUAAAAGGAUUUCAGAAGCUUACAAGAGUGGAGGGACUAGUACGGAUGCUGUCUUGCAGGUUUCCAAUAUAGUGAAGGAUAUUCGCAUUUGCAUGGUGUCAGAUGGUGAUUUCUCUGAGGAAGAAUGCGAGGAUCUGUAUCAGAGAAUGAAAGAUGGCCUCCUCAAAAGGCCUACCUUGGCGGAGCUUGAAAAAAAGGCCGGAAGCCUACAUGAGGACAUAACUAAUCACUGGAUCGAUAGAGAGAUCGUGUUGUUACAGAACCUGAUUGAUCGAGCCAAUGAAAAGGGAUGGCGGAGAGAACUAUUUGAAUACAUAGAGAGAAGACAGCUACUUCAGACACCAUCAGAGCGAUUGCGGCUGUUGAAUGAGCUUCCUAAAGUAGUUGCAGAUGCAGAAGUAGACCUUGAAGCUGCUCCAGAUUCUCCAAAAGAUGCCGAGAGUCUCAGUGAAGGGAAUGGAGCUUCCUACAAUCAUAUGGAUGCAGAAAGGGAAAAUGAAGGUUCCCUAAGCCCGAGAGGAAGUACAGCCGCGUAUCAUUGGAAAGCUGGAAAGAGAGGAAAAAUUAACGGGAAUGGAGCUUCCUACAAUCAGAUGGAUGCAGACAAGGAAAAUGAAGGAAGAAGUACGGCUGUUUACCAUCGGAAAGCUAGAAAGAGAGAAACUAACGAUACAAGAGAGCCACUUCAGACACCGCCAGAGCAGUUGUUGUCCAAUGAUCUUCCAGAAGUGGCUACAGAUGCAGAAAUAGGACCUGAAGUCACCGAGGAUUCUCUGAAAGAUUCAGUAAAUGAAGGGAAUGAGGCUGCCUUGUAUCAGAUGGGUGGAAAAGGAGACAAUGAAGGAAAUGGAGCUAUUAUCCCUCAGAAAGCUGGAAAGCCAGAAACUGAAGAAAAACAACAGCCGAGCCUAUUGAUGGGGAUCGAAACAUGCAGCAGACAGAAAGACAUCAUUGAUCUCAAUGAUGCCGGAGACCUGGCCGAAGUUACGAGGGAAGUAAGUACAGUACUACCAACCAUUGAUUUGGAUGACAUCAAUGAAGACCCAAGUGGAGUAAUCAGAAUAGAAACUUCUGAAACUGCUGACAAAACAAACUCAAUGACAGAAAAUAACCUGCCAGCAGAUACUACUAGGAGAUAAAACAAGCACAGAAGACCGUGAAUUGUAACACUUAAAAGUGGACCGCAAUGAAAAACAAGGGCUGUUUGCCAUGUCAUCUCUGAAUGAAUAUGGUUAUUUUGAUGCCAGAUUUCAAGGUGUGGAAAGCAGGCCACCCUCAAGAAGAUUGUUGACAGAUACGCUUCCAGCGAUGGAUUAUGGAACAUAGCUGUUUCAACUUCAACUACAAAAUCUGUAUAGCAACUGAAUGAAGUUUUUGUACAUAAUCCGAACAUUAUAUUGCCGUUAGACUAUUUAAGUUUGCACUCUCAGGUUUCUGACCUUUUCGAACAUGAGUUUAUUAUAAAAAUAGUGAGGUAUUAGCCAUGCUA